AUUUGAAUGAGUUGUUUCAACUAAAAUAAAUAAUAAUUUAAGAAAUAUUUUUGAUAAUGGUGCGUGCAUGGUAUAUGGAUGACGAAGAAACUGAUCAGCGUUUGGAACAUCACAAAACUCCACCGGAAUAUGUGGAUAUGGCAGAUGUUUUUGAUAGAACUGGUGUUGAAUAUUACAAGAUAGAUCACUUACAUUACCAGACCGAUGAAGUUUUAUUGAAGCUAAAAUCAGAUAGAAAUUAUACUUAUGAAGAUGACAUUACUUGUUCUCCUGAAUGUUUAAAGAAUUAUGAAACAACAUUGAAAAGCUUUUUUAAAGAACAUUUGCAUACCGAUGAAGAGAUUAGACUGGUUUUAGAAGGAUCUGGAUAUUUUGAUGUACGAGAUAAAAGUGAUAAAUGGAUAAGAAUUAAUGUUGUGGCUGGUGACAUGAUAAUAAUUCCCAGUGGGAUCUAUCAUAGAUUUACCAUGGAUAUGAAGAAUUACAUAAGAGCAAAAAGAUAUUUUGUGGGUGAACCUGUUUGGGUACCAUACAAUAGGCCUGCAGAUGACAUGGAGUGUCGAAAACAAUAUCUUCAGAAGCUAAAUGCUGCUGCUUUUUGAUAAAAUAACAAAAUA